GUCACGCUAACGUCAUCGCGUUCCACACAUUACAACGGCAUGAGGUCCGGACCGACGCCGAGCGCUGUCACAAGGCCAGCAAACUGUGGCUCAAGUACUAUGAGAUCACUCUUCAUAUUCAUUCAUCACUGUAUCUUAUUGAUGCGAUAGCCUUCAGCUCACUCAACCUUAACAGCGGUUCUAAAACUUGCUUACUCUACGAUCGGCUAGUGUUUUGGCAGCGAUAUACACCAUGUCAAAUCACUCGUCGCUCAAUGACGACACGGAAAUUGCAUCUCUACCUCAACGCCAGAAGGAAGAGCCAACGCGCAUGAAGGAUGGGAAAGAGGUCGAACUUCAUACUUGGUAUGGUCCAAAAGACCCUGACAACCCGUGAGUCCCUCAAAAUUCCGCAUAAUCGUUUUCGCUGAUGAGAGCCAGGUUCAACUGGUCGACCAAGUACAAGUGGUUCUUAACCAUCACUGUUUGCUUCAUCUCCAUCCUAACGGGUCUUCCUGCUGGAUCUUACGGCGCCGGGAACGAGUGGAUGGAAACACAGUUCAAUGUUCAAAACGAGCCGUUUCCAAACCUCUACUGGGCGACGUGUUCGUGGAAUAUGGGCGCUGCUCUUUUCCCACUCCUAUUCGUACCUUUGACCGAGAACACUGGUCGCAUGCCUGGGUAUUUUGUCGCCUACAUCGUGUUCGAAUUGUUCCUGUUCGGCUCAGCCUUUGCCGAUAAUUUUGCAACUCUAGUCGUUACCCGUUUCUUCGGCGGCGGCGCAUCUUCCGUUUCCAUCAACAUUGUGGGCGGCAGCAUUAGCGAUGUAUGGAAAGGCGACAAAGCCCGAAGUCUACCAAUGUCCAUUUUCGGCUUCACUUCCGUAGCUGGCAUCGCUCUUGGACCCUUCGUGGGUAGCGCUAUCGUACAGCUUGGCUAUCCUUCCACUGGACUGCAAUCCCCCUGGCGAUGGAUUUAUUACAUCCAAAUCAUCUACAAUGCCGCUCUGAUCCCAGUGUUCUACAUCAUUCUCAAGGAAACCCGUGGCGACGUCAUCCUCAAAGCGCGCGCUCAAAAACUUCGCAAAGAAACCGGCCGCGAAGUCUACGCAGAAUCAGAGCUCGAGAAGCCCUCGAUAGCCAGUUUGCUCAAGGUAUCCUUCAUGCGACCUACUAAGAUGCUAUUCACUGAGCCUGUCGUCACCUUCUUCACUCUUUGGAUCAGUUUCGCGUGGGGUAUCCUCUUCCUGUUCUUCUCCUCAGUCGUACAAACCUUCAGCGUAAGCUAUGGUUUUGGCACCUUUCAAACGGGUCUUGUUCAGCUUGCCAUCACCGUUGGAGCGCUCAUUGGUACGCUUAUUAAUCCCUUACAGGACUGGAUGUAUCUUCGUACUGCUUCCAAGAACAAGGAACGGCCUGGAAAACCCAUCCCGGAAGGUCGUUUAUAUACCAGCAUCCCUGGUUCUUUGCUCUUCACUGCGGGACUGUUCAUCUAUGGAUGGACAUGCCGACCAGAUAUUCACUGGAUCGUGCCUGCGAUAGGCAUUUGCAUCGUUGGCGUGGGCAUUUAUUCCAUUUACAUGGGUGUAGUCAACUACCUCACUGAUGCUUACGAGAAGUACGCCGCUUCUGCGCUUUCAGCAGCAUCGCUCGGUCGCAACACAUUCGGAGCCUUUCUGCCCUUCGCCUCAUACUCGCUUUUCAAGAACUUGGGAUUCGGCUGGGCUGGCAGUCUACUGGGCUUUGUCGGAUUAGCCUUGAGUCUUGUGCCUGUAGUGCUACUCCUGAAGGGUCGUCAGAUUCGCGCAAAGAGUCCUUUCAUGUCGGAAGCCACAUUCGACGAUGGAGAUGACGAAGAAGCGGAUGAUGGCAAGAAUAGUGCGAGUCAUCGAGGUACAUUUGGACCAGCGGGCGUCGCAGGUGGGCCACCUGGCGGAGUGGACGAACGUGUCUAAAUAAUGACACGGGCCGUCCAGGAUAGGCGAUAAAGCGUAAGUGAUUUCCAUGGAUACAUUUCAAGCUUUUGAGGUAGUUGUCAUCAACAUGUAUGUUCUCUCCUAUCAUUAGUAGGUGGCAAGAUGUUGGAUGUAGCUAUUGCAUUGAUAAUAAGAACAGACAUCAAUUAGUAUCGGG